ACCUGGUUUCUGGGGUAAACUAAAUCACAGCUAGCCAGCCAGUAAGCCUUGCAACACGUUAUGAAGACCAUAGAAGAAGAGGUGUUGCUGGAUGCGUUGAAUGGAUGCUGCACCCUAAUAGCUCUUCUCCCAUAGGAUACCGUAGGAAUUUCAAAUACUGUUUUGAACACCGAAUGGAAUGUGUCUGACAAAAUAACGAUAAAACUGCAUCUUCAGUGUUGAUCACGUGUAUUUGCUCGGGACGAUGCAAUUGAAGUAACCCUCCGCCCACUUAGCCCCGGCAAAAAAAAGACUAGCACGUCUAAAAACCCGACCACUUCCGUGACAGUUCGCGAUAGUUUUGUCGGUUUUUGCGGUUUAAAACACUACGUUAGCCUUCGGUAGAAGACACGGUUUUGCACUUACAUGUUGUUUUUUUGUUCUACUGCAGUUUUAUGGCUGUUGCAUGUAUGUGUGAGUAUGUUUGUCUGUGUGUUUAGUAUUCGCUUAUCGAUUAACAGUUUGUUCACUCCCGUCCAUUUUAAAAACCGCUCGGUCAGGGAGGCACGUCUAAGAGAAUGCUAGGCGUUUGUACGCACCGUGAGUGAAAAAAGUAACGAUAGUACGCAAAAAGGAACACGACUGUGGUUUCCACAUGGCGAGAACAAAUGACUCCAAGCAGCGCACAACGUGGCACAAACAACAGAAUUUGCACUGGAGCAGUGACUCCCGCUGCUAGAACCGCUGGAAGGCAUUUGCUAUGUGCGCACACAUCUCUGGUGGAACGUCUAAAUAUAUCGGAUCUGAUAACGUUCCGGACGUUGCACUCCGUAGCAAAAGACAAGCCAUUAAACUUUAACAAACACAAAAUCAACUACCGACGGAACGGAAUGAUUCUGUGCCGCUUCACAAUACAGUCCGCCUUAUGGGCAAACGUUCGUUUCCGUCCGCAUGCAGGGGCUGUUGAACGCGGGACACUAAAGGCUAACCAUCGUUGUCCAUCAGCGCGGCUCGACAACUCCUAACAAACGCAUAAGAUGUACGAACAGUGAAACACCUGCCCACUCCAGCUGUAUUAGCGUUCCGUGUGUCUUCCCGACUCGUGGAUCGGAUCGAGAGACCUCGUUUUAUGUUACUUUCUGUUCAUUUUAUCACCUUAUUACCAACCACUGAGAUAUCGAGGCCCGGCCCACGGAGAACACCUUGCAGGCAGACAUCAACCGAAUGCAUACGUCGCAGUUUAGGAGACUCAAGUUGUGAUUUUACCAACAUCGACAAACCCUGCAACACUAGCUGCUAGCGCUUUUGCGGGUACCGAAGGGCGUUAAAUAUAGCUGUACGCGCAUUCAGCUUCCAGAGGAAAAAAAAAACAAAGCAAAAACGCUCCCUCCGCAAUCAACCAUCAAACGAAUACGAAAUCAUUUUUGGCUCAAACAAAACGCGCUCGCGCUGAAUCGAAAAUUCUACCGCUCAAACAUGUCGUCCAGCUGCUGCGGCACAAAGAAACAGAAGCUUAACGGGAACUACUCCUCCGCCAACGGUUACUGUACGUCUACGGGCAAUACGGGACGGACCAGCAACGGUGUCGUCGAAGGCACCCAGAACAAUCACAGCUAUUACGGCCGGGGCUCUGGUAGUAGCGGCAGCCAGCAGCAACAGCAGUCGUCCUCAUCGUCAUCUUCGUCAUCAUCGUCGUCAUCGACGGCGGCCUACAAUGGCUAUCUGAUGAACGGUCACGGUAGCCAUCUGCCGCAGCAACCCUCGAUGAUCGGUUCGAUGCCGGAGAUGUGCUUCUUCUGCUUCGAGGUGCUGUACCGCGAACUGCACAACCUAGAGGAACCACGCACACCGUGCUUUACCAAUGAUCCAUAUCCACUGUUUGUGACUUGGAAAAUUGGCAAGGAUAAGCGGCUGCGCGGCUGUAUCGGUACCUUCAGCGCAAUGCGUUUACAUUCAGGUCUUCGCGAGUAUGCAAUAACAAGUGCUUUAAGAGACUCUCGUUUCUCGCCAAUCACCCGUGAUGAGAUCCAAAGACUGACCGUCUCGGUGUCAAUCCUUCAAGGCUUCGAGGAGGCACGCGGUUACCUGGACUGGACGCUCGGCAUUCAUGGCAUCCGGAUUGAGUUCUACAACGAGCGUGGUUCCAAACGCACCGCAACCUAUUUGCCACAGGUUGCUACGGAGCAAGGCUGGGACCAAACGCAGACGAUCGAUUCGCUGCUCCGGAAGGGUGGCUACCGGGCUCAGAUCACGUCCGAGAUGCGCCGCUCGAUCAAGCUAACCCGCUACACCUCACAGGAGUGUCAAAUGUCGUACAACGAGUAUCGCGAUCUGCUCGAGAAACAAUCUCACUACCACGGCCAGCUCUGUAAGAUGCAAUGCUAACAUCAUCAACCGAACCGCGGCACAACAAGCUCACGGCGUUGCCAUUCUUCAUCAUUAUUAUCUUACCAAAAUGGGUUCGCGUUCCCGUCUAAGUUGGGCAUACGAUAUAUAACUUGAAAUUGUCUAUUUAAAAAACUAUUCAUGUUCUAUUUCAUUUUUAUUCAUGUUGCUCAACCUAAUUACUAUUAUUUCAUUCUCUCUCUGUCUCUCUUCUCGGCGCAACGACCAACUAGGUCAUUUCUGGCCUACUGGGCUUAUUUUACCACGUAACCGGAUCCUUGCUACGGGGGAUUGGAUCGGAUGGGAUUUUAUCCAUUUGUCCAGUCCGUUCGUUUGAAGACCGGGUCGUCCCGGGACUAUUUCAUUCUAGGAUGAUCAAAUUAUGCUUGACCUUUUGUUGUCUUGCAGUUUUUGGUUACGACCCUUUUACCGCUUUUUAUUUUAAUGAGUUUGAGCGUACAAGAGUUGGAUUCACUUUUUGCUUCGCUUUUGAAUUUCUAAUUCCCGCUUUUGAAAAAUUAAUUUUAUUUUUUUAAAAUUGAUAUCCAUGUACAAAACUACACACACUGUCAAAAUUUUCAAAUCCAAUUCAAUUCAAACCAUAACUCGCGACAGGAUUGAAAACUUCCGGAUAUUCAGGUAUCAAAAGAUGUUCGACAACACUCGCCGUUCGGCAUCACCACAUUGGUUUCUGUGUCUAAUAUCGUGGAUGACUCCACAUGCCUGACAACAAAGCUAUUUUGCACCAGGUGUUCCAACAUCACUCCAUCUUAGUGAUGUGAUGCGUUGCAAAGCAGGACGGUGCAGUGUUGUUCGAAUUAUCCUAUAGCUGAAUAAUCAGCCCUUCGUAAAGACGAAGAACACGCAAUCCAGUCAUGUUUUGAACACCGGAAACCCCCGGGCUGACUGUUGCCAGUCUCGUGCAUUACCGACUAUACUAAUAGAACGACCCAACAACGUGUGCAUCUACACGGUACUAAACUGAUACUAUCUAUUUGUUUGUGAUUUUUCAAUUACAAACAUCGGUACAAAACCAAACCAAUAUUCUUACGCUUAUCAUUACGACGAUGGGACUUGUGCAGCAACCCGGGUUUGCAUCAUUAGUGUGUUCUAAUUUUAAGCUCUAUUUUUUAUUCAAAAACAACGGUCACGCCGUAUUGAUUGUAACUAUUGGUAACUUAAUCUAUGGUACAAUUCUCAUUCGUUUGAAGACAUUUCCUUCUCCAAACCGUAAAAGGACACCUUAUCUCGGAUGUACUCGGCCGUAGCUCUAAAUUUUGUAUGCGAUUCAUUUGUUUUUAAAUUUUACUUCUAAUAUCCCUCAUCCCCUUAAUUUGCACUACUCAGAGGUGAAAACUCAAAAGAAUUCUUAAUACCCAGGCUAAUUUGCUAAGCGAACCAACGGUUCGUUAAUGUAGCAGUAGACGUGGGGGUUGAUAACUAUUGUUUGUCUAUUCUAAGGUAUGAGCAUAGGUUAAGGAAUAAUCGAUCAUAACGUUUACGCUAACUGAUUACGCUAGUACCGUAUACCGUGUUUAGAGGGCGGCAACAAAUAACUGCUACUGUUACGCUGGUUAAGGUAUCCCUUUUUCAAUUCAGCAAGCCCUGAGUGCAGACCACAUGCAAAGCAGAACCGAAAAUGUCACAUAGCCGUGAGAGUUCUGAACCUCUCCAUGCCGUUCAACCAGCAAAUCGGUGCAUUUUCACGAAACGUUUUCGUCUAGCUGCAAGUGCUAAUGAAUAAACAAAAGCAAAACAAAAAAAUCCAAAAUUCCCAACCCCACUCUAAAGCAAACCAACAUUGAUAAUUGAUAAGCAAAUUAAGCAUAUAACUACAAAAAAAAAAAAAAAAAAAAACAAUGCGAAUUCCCAAGCAGGCCGGAAAAGUAAAACUAACAAAAUAAUAACACACAAAUGCAAAGAAAU